UUGUCGAGCUCCCAUUUUCAUGCGAAAAUCCGUCACAAAUUUGACGCACUGGCUGCCGAAAUCGAGAUACGUUUCCGCGAGUGAAAACAACUUUUUCCUAACAGAAAUAUGCCAGCAGCUAAAGGACGAGGAAGCACUCGCAGUUGGCUCACUAAAAAUCAGCGCGAAUUGCAAGACAGGGAAGUGACCCGCCCACUUCGUCGAAGACGAAAUUUAGCUGCGGUCAGUGGUAAGCGAAGGCAUACGAAAAUGAAGCACCAUAGAAUUCCAAACGAAAGAAUAAAAAGGUCAGCUCGUUCCGGUAACAAAACAAGAAAAGGAAGAAGUAAAAAUAAAGUGAACUCACUUUUCUUCGUACCAUCAGAAAGUUCUUCAAAAUCCAUUUUUGAAUCCAAUAAAGAUAACUUAUCUGAAUCAACUGCAAUGGAAUCAGCUACACCCAGGCCGAGUAGUGCUUUCAGUAAUGCCUCAACAUUUUGUUCUGAACCACCAGUUCCCGUAGACUCUAAACAAGGAGUAAAGGAUCUCCUUAAGAGAAAUUCUUUGAUAGAAAUUCUCAAUAAUUACAUCAAAAUUGGCAUCAAAGCAGACGAGCAGAGAGCAAAGAGUUACAUGAAAAAAGCAAUUUCUUUUGGGCUGAAAUCAGGGUUUCUAAGGCCUGUCGACAACUCAGGUCAUUUAUUGGAGAUCACUUCCGAGUUGUCUGGUAUCAAAGUAAACGUAAAGAGGGACAUUGUUGCAGAUCGCAAGCGUCGGAAAAAUAUGCGACGUGGCAUAGUGAAUUUUGACGAUUACGACAUGAAGCCAGUGAAGAAAAAAAACACUAACAAACUGGAUCACGAGAAACGUCCAAAAGAAGUCAAAGGUAUCAAUUCCAAGAAAAGGGCGAGGUCUGUUACUAGAAAUUCGAAGUCGGUUAAAGACACAGCAGCAAAGAAGGAAAAGAAUCCACCAGCUAAAAGGAAAACAAAGAUCACGAGGGAACCAAUAAAGUCACAAAGAGACACACGAAAAUCUCGAAGGAACAGAAGUCCAACACCAUGGAGAAGUGCAAGGAGAUCGCCAUCAGAUGAAAGAAAUAGCGAUUCGCCGAGCGAUAAUAGAGAGGAUGUUCAUCAGGAUAAGAAUGAAGAGAAUGCAAAUAAUGGAGAAAAGAAUAACAUAAAAGAGAAAAUUGAAAAGCGAAUAGUGAGUUCCAGUCCUUUUCGAAAAGAGGAUGAUAAAAUUCAUAUGGAGAAUGUCAGUAUGCAUGAAAAUAUUGGGCAGAACUUCAAUCUUAACGAGGAACAUCAAUUGUCAGUCGCUAUUCCACAAGAACUUGGAGAAAACCCAUAAAAAAUUAUUUUGUACAAUUUAUCUUUUGAAUGUUUUCUUCCUUUAUAUGA